AUGGACAAGAUAGUUAAAAAUAAUUAUGCGCGUACAAGAUUUAUCCAGAACAAGACAAAAUAUUUUCAGCCAUUAAAUACAUUGAUGGGAUUGGUCAAUAAACCAAAAUUUAUAGCAGUUCGUUAUUGCGAAAUUGCGCACUUAGGAGAGUAUAAAGCAAUAAAAGCGUCUGCAAGAAGGAAGAGGAUUGCUAAAAGGGGUAAAUUUCCAGAUAUUAAUCCUCCUCACGAAUAUUCAUCGACUUUGGGAGAUCCAAUCUUUUAUACAUUAGAAAGUCUUCCUCGUAUUUUAAAAGAUGCUUCCGAUAAAAGAUUCACUCACAUGAGUUAUUGGAUUCAGGUUUGCGAUAAAUUGAGGAAAGUUAAGGAUAUAUUAAAUAUACAUCAUCUUUUGACGUGUAUAAAAUGUAUUAUUGAUGUUAACCAUUAUGACCCUCAUUUAUUUAAAGAGCUGACUAGAGAAUUUUCAGAUGAUUUUCAUUUGCUAAGUUUGAGUGAAAUUGGCAUACUUUUAAGGUGUUAUGUGGUUUCUAAUUGCAAACCUAUUGAACUAUUGGAUAAAUCGCUAGAUACAUUAGCAUCUACAAUACACAAUGAAUUAAAUGACCAGUCAAAUAAAGCAAUUGAAUCAUCAUCAAAGUCAUAUGUAGAAGGUUUAUUGGAUAAUUUAUCAGCUAAAUUUACUAUAAACCAUGAUAAAGAUUUGGAUAUGUCUGCAGGAGUGUGUGAUAGUCAAGAUUCAAUGACCCAAGCACUCGCCCAUAUUUCAAUGUCUCUAUCAUACUAUUCUUAUAUAACCCCAAAUACCAAUACAUUACUUUCCCUUUAUAUUAUUAAAUUUUGGAAGAACUUUACAGUCCCAUACUUCUUAUCUAUAUUAAGAUCUUUAAAAAUAUCUGAUGAAUAUUUUUACAACAAUUCAGAUGUCUACAGGGCACUUUUGUCGUCGAUUAAUUCAUUUUGUCAAUAUAAAUUGCCAAUAUUGUAUUCUGAUGAUGAUAAUUUAAUUUGGGGAUUCAAGGAUAUUUACAAAAGAGUCAGUAACUGUAACUAUGCAUCCACGAAUGAUAUAACUAAAUUACAUGAUUAUAAAAUUCUUUCAAUUGUCGAUACUCUUAUUCAUUUAUGUGAUAUGAUUUCCAUCAUUUCCGAUUUGCGUACUAAAAUCAAAUUUGAUGUAUGGUUUGAAGGAUAUAUUUUUUCAAACAUAGAUACACUGUUGGUAUCUCUAAUCUCGGAAUAUAACUAUUCAAAAUCUGUACUUAAAGCUUCUAAAAAUGAUGUGAAGGAGGCAGAUAAUAUCAAUUGCAAUAACAUUUUAAAAGAGUAUUCUAUGAGAAGAUCAUUUCUUAAUUAUGCAUUUGCGUAUGCUAUUACAAAAUGCUCAUCUGCUAUUAAUUCUCAUCUUAUGGCAAAGAUUAAUAAGCAUUCGAUUUCGCCCUUUGAGAUAAAACAAAGGAGUGUGGAUAAAUACCAUCUGGAAUUUACAACUAGCGAGAAAAUUAAAUUCCCAUCCCCGCCUAAUUGGAUAUACUGUUAUGAAAACAUUGAACUGGAUAACACACAAUUAAAAAUAAUGAAUCAGUGUAAUGAACAAAUAGUUCAUAUUGUAUAUGAAUCUGACCCUAUAGAUAUAGUUAAAAUGUUUGAAAACAUUGUAUUUUUAAUGAAAAAAGUUGAAAAUGUAAAAUCGAAUGAUGAUGCAUUGUAUGAGUAUUUGGAUUCAUUAUCCCUUGAGAUUAUAAGAAAAUUUCAAUCUAUUGGAUCAAAUUAUUUGCGAAGAUUAAAAAACGCAGUCGAUGUAGCAAAUUACAAUAAUGAAUAUCUAAAUUUUUAUUUCGCCAAAUAUACCCAUAUUAAUAGUGCAGCAAGAUAA